GAAUACUGGUGAGGCUUCGUUUAUGUUCACACCCACUUUUUGUUUACUUUUUCAUUUGGAUUUAAACUUCAAGUGACCAGUUAACUGACCAUGGAGAACUCAAAAUCAAAUGCCCUGGCCAGUCUGACCAACACUUAUCAUGACUCUGAUAUUGAAGAAUCACCGAAUAUCUCACAACCCAAAGAAUGUAUUUCUCCUGAGGAAAUAUCUACAUUGGAACCUAUUGAACCGUUAGAGCAACUUGAACAACCUCCUCAAUCGUCUGAAUCUCCUAAACCACCUGAAGAACCACAGCAAAUAAUUGAUACAAUUAAUUCACCGCCAUUGCGAUUACCACCUCCUCCACCUGGUCAACCGCCGGUUGAACUUGUUCAGAAAAUUAAUCAUCUUCAUGCAAAAAUGAAACAAGGAAUUGAUAUGAAAGCUUCGAUUGAGAAGUUGAAAAAUUUUCGUAAUCCAAGUAUUUAUGAAAAGUUAAUCACUUUCUGUGAGAUUGAUGAAUUAGGAACUAAUUUUCCGAAAGAUGUUUAUGAUCCACAUCAAUGGGGAGCUGAUGAUUUUUAUGAUAAUUUGACUAAUGCACAAAAACUUGAAAUGGAAAAGAAAGAGAUGGAGAAAAAAGAAAAGAAAAGGAAAGAAAAAGUUACAAUCGAAUUUGUUUCUGGUACAAUAAAGAAGAAUCGACCCAACGCAUAACACGACAUUUUCUUCAACAAAUUCAAA